AUGCUCGCGAACCUCAAGAAGCUGCAGCUGGUGUCCAAGGUGGCCAAAGAGCUGGACAACCACCUGGGUGUCGCAGACAAGGACCUGGCCGAGUUCGUGAUCGAGAAGGCGCAAGCAGCGAAGGACGCCACUGACUUCGCGAGCAAGCUCAAGGAGGAGGGCGGGGAGCUCGAUGCGGGCCUCUGCGAGACCAUCUUCGGCAUGGUGGGGCGGUCGCUGGGCGGGCCUGCGGCUGGGGCCCCCGCGGCCGGCACGGGCCUGAAGCCGCGCCCGGGAGUCAAGUACGGCGCGCUCGCGAUCCCGGACACCGUCGACCGCGCGCACGAGUUCACGGAGGAGCUCAAGGCGCGGAUGAAAGGCGACGCCGCGCCCGCGACGGCGACGGCGGGCGACGGCAACGGAGCGGCGCUGCCCCCGCCGCCGCCGCGCCCCGACGGCCACGACGGCGAGCGGUACCGGCGCGAGGACCGCGGCGGCCGCGGGGACAGGGAGGCCGAGCGCGACCGGCGCCGCGGCGAGCGGGAGCGGCGCCGCGACGACGACGACGACCGCAACGGAGAUCGGAGGAGGGACGACCGCGACCGCGGCAGGGACCGGCGGCGGCGGUCGCGGUCGCGCAGUCCGCGGCGCGGCGACGGGCGGCGCGGGCGAGGCGGCAGCCCUGACGUCCGCGGUAGAACCAGCGGGGGUCAAAAGUACCCCGGCCCGCCCCCGCGCGGCCCGACCAAGGACGCUCCGGACGUCGGCGCGGUGUACCGCGGCUCCGUGACGCGCGUGCUCGACAUGGGCGCCUUCAUCGAGCUGAGUCAGGGCCUGACGCGGCCCAUGGAGGGCCUCGUGCACCGCAAGGACAUCUCGGCACAGAGCGUGGUGGCGUCGGCGAAGGACGCGCUCCGCCGCGGGCAGGACGUGUUUGCGCGCGUGGUCAAGUGCGAGCCCGGCGCGAGCGGCCGCCUCCGCAUCGCGCUGGACAUGAAGCACGUCGACCAGAAGACGGGGCAGGAUCUCGCGCCGGCGGCCGGCGGCGCGGGCAAGGGCGCGGCGGCGGGCGCGAACGGGCGCGCGCCGGGCGGCGGCGCGCGGCUGCACAACCCCGAGGGUCCGUCCGGCGCGCCGGCGCCGGCCGCGCGCGGCCUGAGCGGCGUGACGCUGAAGGAGGAGCCUGCCGGGAGCGGCGCGCGCGGGCGGCGGGCGGGCAAGAAGUUCACGGAGCAGGAGCUGUUUGAGGUCAAGCAGCUGGUGGCGUCGGGGGUGCUGACGGCGGAGGAGCGGCCGGACUACGACGAGGAGCACGGGCUGCUGUUCGGGGACAACCAGGGGGAGGACGAGGAGUUCGAGAUUGAUUUGAACGACGCGGAGCCCGCGUUUUUGAAGGGCUGCACGGCGCGGACGGGCGUGGAGCUGUCGCCGAUCCGGAUCACGAAGAACCCGGACGGCACGAUGCAGCGCGCGGCGAUGACUGCGAGCGCGCUGGCGAAGGAGCGGCGCGAGCUCAAGGAGCAGCAGCAGCGCGCGCUGGCCGACGCCAUCCCAAAGGACCUGAGCAAGCCGUGGGAGGACCCGAUGGCGGACCAGGGGGAGCGGUUCUUCGCGGCGGAGCUGCGCGGCGUGGGGCUGCAGCACGAGGAGCGCGGGGCGUGGAAGACGGCGAACGACACCAAGGUGGUGACGUACGGGCGGCAGGACACGCGGUCGAUCAAGGAGCAGCGCGAGAGCCUGCCGAUCUUCAAGCUCAAGCAGCAGCUGAUCCAGGCGGUCAACGACAACCAGGUGCUCGUCGUCAUCGGCGAGACGGGGUCCGGGAAGACGACGCAGAUGACGCAGUAUCUGGCCGAGGCGGGGUACACGGCGUACGGGCGGAUCGGGUGCACGCAGCCGCGGCGCGUGGCGGCGAUGAGCAUCGCGAAGCGCGUGGCGGAGGAGUUCGGGUGCCGGCUGGGCGAGGAGGUCGGGUUCGCGGUCCGGUUCGAGGACUGCACGAGUUCGUCGACAGUGAUCAAAUACAUGACGGACGGGAUGCUGCUCCGGGAGUGUCUGAUGGACGACGUGCUGUCGAACUACAGCGUGAUCAUCCUGGACGAGGCGCACGAGCGCACGAUCAACACCGACGUCCUCUUCGGGCUGCUCAAGGGCGUGCUGACGCGGCGCAAGGACCUGAAGCUCAUCGCGACGUCCGCGACGCUGGACGCGGAGAAGUUCUCGACGUACUUCUGGGACUGCCCGAUCUUCACGAUCCCCGGACGGACGUAUCCCGUCGAGGUCCUGUACAGCGCGGCCCCGGAGUCGGACUACGUGUCGGCGGCGCUCAAGACAGUCAUGGAGAUCCACCUGACGCAGCCCCCGGGGGACAUUCUGCUGUUCCUCACGGGGCAGGAGGAGAUCGACACGGCGUGCGAGACGCUGUACGAGCAGGUCAAGGCGCUCGGCGCGAGCGUGCCGGAGCUGAUCGUCCUGCCCGUGUACAGCGCGCUGCCGUCCGAGAUGCAGACGCGCAUCUUCGAGGCGCCGCCGCCGGGGAAGCGCAAGUGCGUCGUGGCCACGAACAUCGCGGAGGCGUCGCUCACGAUCGACGGGAUCUACUUCGUCGUCGACCCCGGCUUUUCGAAAGUCAAGGUUUACAACGCGAAGCUCGGCAUGGACAGCCUGGUGACGUCGCCGAUCUCGCAGGCGUCCGCGCGGCAGCGCGCGGGCCGCGCGGGCCGCACGGGCCCGGGCAAGUGCUACCGCCUGUACACGGAGACGGCCUUCAAGCACGAGAUGCUCCCGACGUCGGUCCCGGAGAUCCAGCGCACGAACAUGGCGAUGACGGUGCUCACGCUCAAGGCCAUGGGCAUCAACGACCUCCUCAACUUCGACUUCAUGGACCCCCCCCCCGCGCAGACGCUCAUCUCGGCUCUGGAGCAGCUGUACAACCUCGGCGCGCUCGACGACGAAGGGCUGCUGACGCGGCUCGGGCGGCGCAUGGCGGAGUUCCCGCUCGAGCCCCCGCUGAGCAAGAUGCUCAUCGCGAGCGUGGACCUCAACUGUUCCGACGAGGUCAUGACCAUCAUCUCCAUGCUUCAGGAGGACAACAUCUUCCACCGGCCGCGCGACAAGCAGCAGCAGGCGGACGGGAAGAAGGCCAAGUUCCAGCAGCCCGAGGGGGACCACCUCACGCUGCUCACGGUGUACGAGUCGUGGAAGAACAGCAACUUCUCCAGUCAGUGGUGCUAUGAGAACUUCAUUCAGGCGCGCAGCAUGAAGCGCGCGCAGGACGUCCGCAAGCAGCUGCUCGCGAUCAUGGACCGCUACAAGCUCGACGUCGUGUCCGCGCGGGGGGACUUCACGCGCAUCCAGAAGGCCAUUACGUCGGGGUACUUUUUCCACGCGGCGAGAAAAGACCCCCAGGAGGGGUACCGGACCGUCGUGGAGCAGCAGACGGUGUACGUGCACCCGAGCAGCGCGAUCUUCGGCCGCCAGCCCGACUGGUGCAUCUACCAUAAGCUCGUGCUCACGACCAAGGAGUACAUGCACGGCGUGAUGGCCAUCGACCCGCGGUGGCUCGUGGAGCUCGCGCCGCGGUUCUUCCGCGGCGCGAGCGAGACGGACGGGAAGAUGUCGCGCCGGAAGCAGCGCGAGCGGAUCGAGCCGCUCUACGACAAGUGGAGCGCGGACCCCAAUGCGUGGCGGCUGUCGAAGCGGUUCGGGUAG